UUGUCAUAAUAGUAACUUAAAACUAACCCGCGUUUAGGACGAGUUGGCCGCGCAUACCAGACAGCUAGUUUGCGUUGCUUCUCGUUUCCUCCUCCUAAUCCCGGCCUUUAUAAAAUUGUGUCUACCAACUUUUAUGAAUCAAUUCCAUCCCAUACCUUGUUUUUUCUCAUUCGAUUAAUUUCUUCAAAAUUCCUAUUCAUUUUCCUCAAAAAAUUUGUUUCUAGCUCUUGAAUAUCACCAAGUUCCAAUCUCAUGGCCUCGUAUGAUGAGAACCAAGGAAAGCCUCUACCCAAGUUUGGGGAAUGGGAUGUAAAUGAUCCUGCCUCAGCUGAAGGAUUCACUGUUAUAUUUAACAAAGCAAGAGAUGAAAAGAAAAUUGCCUCGGCAUCGGGACGUUUUCCUUCACAAAGAAGAUAUGAUUCACGCUCUCGCACCCGCAAGAGUGAUAAAAAAUACAAGAGUUCCUCAAAGAGAAAGUGGUUUUGCUUUAGCCUUUAGACAAAGAUAAAGGAUGUGUAGUUUCACGCUGAUAAGCAUAUACGUCAUGAUUCUCAAUCUCAUCAAUUUUCUACCGAGGCAAUGGAUGGGGAAGGAAGAAAAUAAAAUUGAGCAGCCUCUUCAAAUCAUCGUUGUAGCUUCUUGUCGUUUCAUACCUCGAGCUACUUGAAAUAUGCAACAUCUCGGAGAUAAUGUAAAUACAUGAUGAAUCAUUGAGAAAGUUUUUGCAAUUGGAGAGUUAAA